AUGCCGUCCUUCAAGCCGUUUGCAUCGGUCACGGGACGGAACAGCUACAGCCUUUUUGACAUUCGGCUGGACCAAGAUUUCAUCGUCUUUCGAGGAAAUGACCAUGAGUCCUCAGGUCAGCUUCUCAAGGGGGUCGUAGUUCUCUGCAUCUCGUCCCCCUUGCGCAUCGAGGACGUUCACUUGCGUCUCGUGGGCACCUUGCGCUUUUCAUCGACUUCCCCCGGCGUUUCGAGCCAGAGAGUUGACAAAUCUACCACCAUUCUCGACCACCGAUGGCAACCCUUUGUCGGCACCCACGGCAAGAGCAUGAGUCUUGCCGCCGGCAACUAUGAAUACCCCUUCGAGUUCAUGCUACCGGGAGAUACCGCCGAAAGCGUCGAGGGCAUCCCCGAAGCCUCCAUUGCCUACAGACUAAAGGCCACCGUCGGCCGUGGGAAGCUCGCAUACGACUUGCACGCCUACAAGCACCUGCGCAUCAUCAGGACCCUGGACCCGGGGGCUUUGGAGUUUUUGCAUGCCAUGAGCGUGGAGAAUAUUUGGCCCAACAAGGUAGACUACUCCAUCGUUAUCCCACAAAAGGCCGUGGUGUUCGGCGGCACCAUCAACAUGGAGUUGCGCUUUACCCCUCUGCUCAAGGGCCUGGAACUUGGAGCUGUCACGGUGAAAAUGAUUGAGGUCCGCGACUGCUGGCUUCCAACCUCAACAGGUCUCGGCGCGCGAGAACACCGCACCGAGCGAGAGGUGGCGACGUGGCGGUUCGAGGUGAACAGGGAGGAACACUGGCACGACAUGAUAGAGGAUACUGGCCAGGAGGGCUGGGCUUUGGUCAAACAAUUGCCCCUUCCCAAGCGACUUCGUCAGUGUAUCCAAGACCUGAACCACCACGGCAUCAAGGUCAGACACAAAAUCCGGCUGACGGUGGCGCUGAAAAACCCCGACGGCCACAUUUCCGAGCUCCGUGCCACCCUUCCCGUGUCGAUCUUCAUCUCGCCCAAUAUCCCCUUUGACGAGCAGGGCAACCUUCUCAGCCAGAACCAAGGCGGCUCCGCUCCCACGACCGAGAACGUGCUGUCAGCACCACCGGGGUACGGCGAGCAUGUCCUGGAUCAACUCUACGAGGACGUGGAUAUCUCUGGCUUCCACAGCCCGGCGGUUCAGUCGGGCGUUAGCAGUCCCUUCUACGCACAGUCGAGAAGUGGCUCGGCCGAGAACCUCGCUUCGUUGGCUCACCAUCCACCGCCGAUAGCGCCGGCGGCCCUGUCGUCCAUGCUUGUCGACGUAUCACUCAAUGCCUCCCAAAGGAAUCGGUCAUGCACGUCGAUUCAUUCACAUCCCCCUUCUGGUAGGACGUCCCCGACACCGGGCCACCACGGGUCUGCUCCCCGGUCCGAGCCGCCUUCGCAAAACCUGACGAGAAGUAACAGCGAGGAGGACAGAUCGUGCAGAAAAUCAACCGAGCACGUUGAAAUGGACCCUGCCGAGUUUGCCGAGCUGAACCGAGUGCCCAGCUAUGCAACGGCUGUCCGGACCCCGGCGUGGCCUCGGACGCAGCCCGCAGCCGGGCUUGUUCCGGAUUACGAAACUGCGCUACAUGCGCCUCGCACUCCUCCGGCGACGGAUAGUGGCUCUGAGUCGUUGGGUGCCAUAUUGGAGGACAGGUCCGGCGAAUACCGUGCGCCGCCGAGUGUUCCAUCCUCCAAUCGUUCUACCGCUGUGGCGAAUCCGGGCGACUCUUGA